AUGAGAUCCCACACAGGAGAGAAGCCUUACUCCUGCCUUGACUGCGGCAAGAGUUUUGCUCAAAAUGGUACGCUGAAAGUUCACCAGAGGAAGCACACUGGGGAGAAGCCUUUCCUCUGCGCAGAUUGUGGCAAGAACUUCCAAACCAACAGGAAGCUGAUAUCGCACCAACGGAAACAUCAUCCAGAGAACGUGAUCGACCCCUGGUGUACCGUGUGUAGACUAGUAUUCAGCACUAAGCCCAAGCUAGAACGGCACCUGAAGACUCACAUCGGGGAGAACCCCUACUGCUGCCCUUUCUGUAGCAAGAGGUUCUCCACCAAAUGGCGCAUGAUGCAACACCAGCAGGUACACAGUGGAGAGAAGCCCUUCUCCUGCUCUGACUGUGGCAAAUGCUUCACUCAUAAAUCCACUGUGUCAAUGCACAAGAAGAAACACUGCCUUCAGCGAAUCCGAGUGGAGCGUCCCUCUGGAACAGGACAACAGGAACAACUCCAGGAGAACAGCAAACCCAGGAAGACUUACUCUUGCUCGGAGUGUGGAAGAGUUUGCCUGGCGUUAUCUAUUCUGCAGAUACACAUGAGAAAACACACAGGGGAGAAGCCGUACCCCUGCCCUGACUGUGAGAAGAAGUUUGCUACGAAAUCGCAAGUGAAAGCUCACCAGCGGACGCACACUGGAGAGAAACGGUUCUCCUGCCCCGACUGUGGGAAGGACUUUGCUUAUCUACGUGAUAUGAAAGUGCACCAGAAGAAACAGCACACUGAGGAGAAUCAACGGACCAGCCAAUCAGAUGAUGAUGAUGACGCUGCAGACUGCGACCAAGAAUGGGUGGAGGAGGAGGGCAGUCACACACCAGAGCAGAGAGACACGUCUCUCCCACCCCCCUCUUCCCCCCUGAAGUGCUGGGUUCCUGUCUCUCCCAGUACCUCUGUACUCUGGGGUCUGAAGAGGCUGUCUGUGCGGCUGGUCGACUGCAGAAAAACACAGAAGGACAAAGGGGACAGCUCUAAUGCUCGCUCGCUCAGUGGGAGGGGCUUGCCAUCUGGAAAGGCUCCAGGGUUAAAAGUGAUCCAGCGAUCAGUGGAUUUGGAGAAGCCUUACCGCUGUGAUCAGUGUGGGAAAGGUUUUCUCACUCCAGUAGGUUUAAAGUCACACCACAUAGUACACUCAGGAGAGAAACCUUACAGCUGUCGUGUAUGUGGGAAGAGUUUCGCUAGAUCAGGUGAACUCGUAGUCCAUCAGAGAGUACACACUGGAGAGAAACCUUUUCACUGCUCUGACUGUGGACAGAGCUUUGCUGCGAUUAGCUCGCUGAUAACCCACUGGCGAAUACACACAGGAGAGAGGCCUUAUAGCUGUAGUCAGUGUGGGAAGAGCUUCGCUCAAUCAACAGCUUUAAAAUGCCACCAGCGAACACACACAGGAGAGAAACCGUACAGCUGUGAUCAGUGUGGGAAGAGCUUCACUUAUUCACAGCUGCUGAUAGCACACCUGCGAAAACACACAGGAGAGAAACCCAAGACACCUUACAGCUGUGAUCAAUGAGACAAGAGAUUCACUAUAUUGAGCAAGUUGAAAAUACACAAUCGUAUACACACCGGAGAGAAGCCUUUCAGCUGUAAAGUCUGUGGGAAGAGCUUUGCCCAGACAGCUGCCUUGGCGGGUCAACUGCAAACACACACUGGAGAGAAGCCGGAUACCCCCGUGAGGAGGCAGAAGCAGAGUAGACGAAGGGAAGGUGAUGGAGGACAGGCGUCAUACCUCUGCAGCGACUGUGGGAAGUGUUUCUCCUCGUUAGGUAAAUUGAACGUGCACCAGAAGACCCACACAGCAGUGAAGUCCCACCUCUGCAGCGACUGUGGGAAUAGCUAUUACAGUGCAUCACACCUUAGGGCGCAUAUGCGGUUCCACACCGAAGGGAAACCUUACCUCUGCACCGAGUGGGGGAGGAGUUUCAAGCUCCCACAGACUCUGAAAAGACACAUGCUGACACACACUGGAGAGAAACCCUGCCACUGCUCCAUCUGUGGGAGGAAAUUCACUCAUCACCACUCUCUGAAAAUACACAUGCGAACACACACCGGAGAAAAGCCUUACCACUGCUCACAGUGCCACCAAAGGUUCUAUUCAUCAUGCAACCUGUUUCUCAUCAGCGCGUACAUACUGGAGAGAAGCCUAACCACUGCGUCGAUUGUGGGAAGCGUUUUGGCUCUAGGUCGAACUUACGUGCUCACCAGAAGUCAUCACACGGGAUAGAAACUUCACCACAAGGGAAAAAGCACCAACGACAAGCACCAGCUGGGAAGAAACCUCAUCACUGCUCUGAUUGUGGCAAACAGUUUAAGUCUUUGUCCAGCUUACAUGUUCACGAGAAAACUCACAGGAUAGAAAUCCCACACCAGAUGUUUCCUUAUCAACCCUAUCAACCCUGGAUGGAGAUCAUUACUGAGUUACUAUGAAGACAUCCCAAAUGGGUCCCUAGUCACUAUAUCCUUUAUGAUCAACCAGGGCUUGAUUUUCCAUGUGCAGCGCAGCCCAUAUGGGUGUUUGUGUGUAAGUGCGUGGUUUGAACGGUCCGUUUUUACCAACCAAUGUAGGAGUUUGAAGUAUGAAAAAAAAAGAAAAUAUCUCAAUUCAACUAUAGAAUUGACACAUCAUCUAAUGAAAUCUUUGUGCAGGUAAUGAGCUGUCUGUUAAACAUUUAUUAUUAGGUUUAUCUUUUAGUUAUGUAUACUCUAAAAGAAACCCAAAUAACAUUGUGUUAAAAUGGAACAUGAAAGAAAUAAACCGCACCACUGCUGCUGCUCUGACUGUGCAGUUUUCACCAAAUCAAUGUAGGAGUUUGAACGGUCAUGAAUCAUACUGUAUAGUUGAUGACCAGGGCUGUUUUUUUUUUAAACAGUUUAAACAUGAGGCUAAUAAACCAGAUUCUGUAAGAGAUUUCAACCAUGAAAAGUGUCAGCAUGGUGGUUCUGAUUGUUGCUGGGGGUGGGACUGCUUCCUAGGACUGUUACAGUGACCGUAUUACCAUCACACCGGCAGUCACGAGUCAAAUUCCACAUGACCAUUUUGUCUUGGUAACUAGGCUUUUCCAAACUCUGAUGUUGCUGAGGGUCAUUAGUAGCCUACCAAACUUCCGAACUCCCUGGUACUCAGCACUCUAUUGUCCCUCUAAUCACUCUGACAUCAAUGCAAGUUUAAAGGAAAAUCUAAUCAAACACUUCAUGAGAGCCCAUGAGCUCAUGUUGCGCAACAUUUCUAUAAGCUAUUGAUAAGGGAAUUAUAUAAUAAAGGUAAAUGAAUAAAGAA